AUGGGGACAAUUCAUCUCUUUCGAAAACCACAAAGAUCUUUUUUUGGAAAGUUAUUACAGGAAUUUGGACUUGUAGCAGCUGACAGAAGGACCUGGAAGAUAUUGCUCUUUGGUGUAAUAAACUUAACAUGUACUGGCUUCCUGCUUAUGUGGUGCAGUUCCACUAAUAGUAUAGCUUUAACUGCCUAUACUUACCUGACCAUUUUUGAUCUAUUUAGUUUAAUGACAUGUUUAAUAAGUUACUGGGUAAUGAUGAGGAAACCCAGCCCUGUCUAUUCAUUUGGAUUUGAAAGAUUAGAAGUCCUGGCUGUGUUUGCCUCCACAGUCCUGGCACAGUUGGGAGCUCUCUUUAUAUUAAAAGAAAGUGUAGAACGCUUUUUGGACCAGCCCGAGAUACACACGGGAAGAUUAUUAGUUGGUACUUUUGUGGCUCUUUCAUUCAACCUAUUCACAAUGCUUUCUAUUCGGAAUAAACCUUUUGCUUAUGUCUCAGAAGCUGCCAGUACAAGUUGGCUUCAAGAGCAUGUUGCCGAUCUUAGUCGAAGCGUGUGUGGAAUUAUUCCAGGACUCAGCAGUGUCUUCCUUCCUCGAAUGAAUCCAUUUGUUUUGAUCGAUCUUGCAGGAGCAUUUGCUCUUUGUAUUACAUAUAUGCUAAUUGAAAUUAAUAACUACUUUGCUGUAGACACUGCCUCUGCCAUAGCAAUUGCUUUGAUGACAUUUGGCACUAUGUAUCCCAUGAGCGUGUACAGUGGGAAAGUGUUACUCCAGACAACACCACCCCAUGUUAUUGGUCAGUUGGACAAACUUCUCAGAGAGGUAUCCACCUUGGAUGGAGUUUUGGAAGUACGAAAUGAACAUUUUUGGACCCUAGGUUUUGGCUCAUUGGCUGGAUCAGUGCAUGUAAGAAUUCGCCGAGAUGCAAAUGAACAAAUGGUUCUUGCUCAUGUGACCAACAGGCUGUACACUCUAGUGUCUACGCUGACUGUUCAGAUUUUCAAGGAUGACUGGAUAAGACCCUCUUUACCAUCGGGGCCUGUUGCAGCCAAUGUCCUCAAUUUUUCAGAUCAUCACAUAAUACCCAUGCCUCCUUUAAAGGGCAUUGAUGAGUUGAACCCUGUCACAUCAACUCCAACCAAACCUAGUAGUCCACCUCCAGAAUUUUCAUUUAACACUCCUGGAAAAAAUGUGAACCCAGUUAUUCUUCUAAACACACAAACAAGACCUUAUGGUCUGGGACUUAAUCAUGGACACAUACCUUAUAGCAGCAUGGUUAAUCAAGGACUUGGAGUUCCAGGACUUGGAGCAACCCAAGGAUUCAGGACUGGUUUUACAAAUAUACCAAGUAGAUAUGGGACUAACAAUAGAAUUGGACAACCAAGACCGUGA